CCUCAAAACGCACCAUCCAAAAUGGCGCGACUGCGUUUCCCUGGAUGUCCUGGACAGAGAAUUGGAAGAAACGUUGUUACUUACGAAGAAAAUAGGAAUCGUUUACAGUGUGAUCCAUCGUUAAGUGUUGUGUCAAACAUUCAAAGAAGUUUGAGCAGCUUCUACGAGCUGUUCGGAGCGUCAGAUGAGGACGAGGAGUUUGGCGGUUUCUCUUCCGGGGACGUCAGGAAUGCCGUUCAGAAGCUGGGGCACUACAAUGACGACAUCUCAUCGGAGCCUAGCAGCAAGGACGAAACAGCAAGCGGCAACAGAAGCAAAACUGUGUCUCUCAGGUCCACCAGCAAGCUGGUGGGCAGAACCAACAAUCUCCCUCCGGACCCCGGCGGGAAGAACGGCGGGAGGGACAGCAAAGUUCCCAAGCUGGAGAAUGCGCCUCGAGCUCGCCACCCGGAGAUGCCCUCUUCGGCGGCCGGCCAGACCAAAGGGGAAGGUGCGAGGAAGACGCCGGGCAGGCAGGCUGCACACCGGCUGCUCGACCGCGCCAAGCGAGGACGCACCUGGACGGGCAAGGAGGAGCAGACAGAGCGCGGGGGGGCCGCUGCAUUGGCCCUCAAGAUGGGCUGCUUCCAGCUGCCGGCUGUGAGUGCGCGGUCGUCUCGGAGGAUCAUCCCCCGGAAGCGUUACCUGGAAGACAGCGAGGACGACGCUCCGCAGCAGUUGCAGAAAAAGAGGCCAAUGUCACAGCCUUCCGUCGAGGCGCCCGGAGAUUCCCCCGUCGUGGUGCUGGAGCGGUUGACCGCAAAAGAGGAGAGGAUUGCGGAGGACGGGAAACCCAACACGGAUCGAGACGCGGAGCUCGACGUGAGGCUCGGAGGGGAGCGGGGAGCCGAAACGGCGGCCGACGCAGAAGGGGAACCGUAUGCAGCGGGGACGACGAGGGUGGGCCUCUUCGACCGUCCCCUGGUGGUGCAGGGGAAGCGUCCCUGGAAGCCGUCACUCAAAGUGCAGAUGCGACUGUCAGAAGCCAACCUGGGGUCGCCGUUCGCCUUCCGGGGCGGCAGCGGCAGUGGCGGCUCACGCACCUCCUCGGACUCGUGCUGCCGUGAGUCCAUCAAGCGGGACAUGGUGUCCCGCUAUGCCGAGAUCAUGGCGACCAAGGAGGACACCGUGGAAGUGCCGGCCAACUCCCCGCCGGGCACCUCCGGGGGGCUGCUCGAGGACAAGGUGGCCGCCAAGAUUGAGCGGCUGCUCAAGUCGCAGUGGGAGAACCGGCUGCAGGGGGGCACGCGCAAGAAGAACGUGGUGCUGCGCAAGGCGAGGCUGCGGCUGAGUCAGCGCACGCUGCGCAGGCUCAGGCAGCCCCUGGACGAGAGCCCGGGGGAGGAGGGCCCCAGGGAGGCCCGCGAGCCGUGUGGGGUCCUGGAGGCCACCGAGGGGCCGGCCAGGACGCGGCGGGAGAAGCCGCACGUCACCGGAGUCAAGAAAGAGAGAGGUGCGUCCCUGACCGAAGUUUCUCAGUGUGCUGUCUGCAGACAGAGCAAGCCAUCUGCGGAAAUCACAGUCAAGUAUGGUCAGCGCAGCUGCCGAUUCUGCUUCAGCUUCUACAACCGAUUCCUCAGAAAGCCGAUUAAAUUUCGGUGCAUGGGGGAAGUGCCGGGGUCAUGUGACCUGAGCAGAAAAGUCAAGUGCAAAGGCUGCCUGCUGCAUUCUUGUUGGACCCUGUUUGAGAUCCCGGCAACGCAGAAGCGGCAUUUGCAGAGGCACUUGGUACACCUCACUGGCGGCCCUAGGCACCAGCAGCUGACCAGGAAACGCAAGUCUUCACGGACCGUUGGGGAGGGGGGCCUCGGUACAGAGGGACCUUCUGAGAUGCCAAAACCUGUUCUUUCUAGUCCAGAGGAUUCGCUAGAUGCACAAAUUUCUAGUAGCGAUUCCUCCAAGGUCAGCAAGGGUCCACGCAUCAAGCACGUGUGCCGCAGGGCAGCCGUGGUCCUGGGCCACGAGCGUGCCACCUUCUCCCCUCCUUCGAGCAGGAUCAGCCUCAGCGCACUCUCGGAGGAGGACAAGAACCUGCUCGUACGCGGCGCACUCGAAGACACAGAUUCUUCCCCCGACAAGAAGGAAGAGGUCGACAAGAGGAAGAGGAGAGAGAAGGAAGAGAGGGUCAGGGAAAAGGAGGAGAGAAUGAGGGAAAAGGUGAAAGACAAGGAAGAGAGGGUCAGGGAGAAAGAAGAGAGAAUGAAGGAGAAGGUGAAGGAGAAAGAGGAGAGGGUCAAGGAGAAGGAGGAAAAGGCCAAGGAGAAAGAGAGGGUGAAAGAAGAGAAGGAGCGGGUCAAGGAAGAGAAGGAGCGAGAGCAGGUCCAAGAGACAGAGGUGAAGAAGGAGGAGGCGGAACAGCCCAAGGAGGAGGACGAGAGAGUCAGAAGGCGGCCCACUCGGAGAAUCUCCAAGAAGGAAGAGGGGGUCAGGGAAACAGUGAAAGAAAAGGAAGAGAGGGUCAGGGAAAAGGUGAAAGAAAAGGAAGGGAGGGUCAGGGAGAAGAAAAGAGAAGAGACGCAGCAACGGCCGCGCAAGGGGCGAUGCCACCAGUGUGCCGGCUGCCUGGCCGAGGACUGUGGCAAGUGUGCCAACUGCCGAGACAAGAAGAAGUUUGGUGGAAAGAAUCUCCUGAAGCAAGCUUGUUCCUAUCGGCGGUGUCUGGACCCGGUCCCGUCAAGUCGAACGGAGAAAGAUCCCCCGGAGCCCGCAGCUGAAAAGACUUCGGACGCUCCGGAGAAGUCGUCGGCCGCGCCUUCCGAAGCUACGCCAGACUCUAAGACACCCGUCGCCUCCAAGCUGCCCGGGAAGCCCAGCCUGGCCCUACAAAAGAAGCGCCUUCUCGCGCAGCCGCUACGGAGCUACAAGUCCAAGGUCGAACAAUCCCGGCGGCUCCUGCUCCACACGGCAGCCAAGAAAGCGAAGUCCAAAAGCAAGUCCAAAGUCACAUCCAAAGCCAGGGCCGCGAUGAUGGCCUCGCGAGUGGCGCGGAAGAACGGCUGGCGGGAAGGAGGCCCGGUUGCCAAGCGGGAAGCGGACGACACCAUGGAGCGGCGCGAGUGCAAGUUGGAAGAGGGGACGGGAUGCGACGACGCGAAUGCUGCGUCAACCCGUCGGGAGUGGGAUCGGGACGUCGGGGGCACGGUGCACUCUCUAGACAGGGUGGGUGGAGCUUCCUCCUCGGCAGGAAGACUCCAGGACAAGUUGCAACCAAAGGCAUAUCCUCCACUGGUGCCCAAGGUGGUGGAGCACCCACUGUCCUCGAGGCAGCUGAGCAAGAAAUCGGUGGGACACGGGAACCAGCCUCUCGUCCAGUCGUUAUUCGGGGAGGAAGAAUAUCGGCGGGCACAGAUCAUAGCGACGGGCUUUGCCCUUGUGUCGUCUCGGCGCUUUGCUGUGCAGGCAGUGUGUUUCCUCUGUGCCAGUGCGGGGGAGGAAGAACUGCUGUUCUGCACGGUGUGCUGCGAACCAUACCACUGGUUCUGUCUGGACCCCGAGGAAGCCCCCCAGGGCCUGGACAAGGAGAGCUGGUGCUGCCCCCGCUGCCAGACGUGCAUCGCCUGCGGCCACCGCAGCAGUCAACUCCUGAGGUGCAGCAAGUGUCAGCAGACAUACCACACAGACUGCCUGGGGCCUGGCUACCCUUCCAAGCCGUCUCGGAAAAAGAAGAUAUGGCUCUGUGUCAAGUGCAUCAGGUGUAAGAGCUGUGGUACUUCAUCCAAGCAGUCGGCAUGGAACUUUGACUUGUCGCUGUGUCAGGACUGCAUGUUGUUGCGUGAGAAAGGAAACUAUUGCCCCCUGUGUGAAAAGUGUUAUGAGGAUGAUGAUUACGAGUCUAUGAUGGUCCAGUGCUCUCAGUGCCAAAAAUGGAUUCACGCACGUUGUGAUGGAAUAUCAGAGGAGCUGUACCAAGUGCUUUCCCUGCUUCCCGAGACGGAGCUCUACCUGUGUCGCAUCUGCGAGCCCAACUCCCCGCGCCUGUGGCUCGGGACGGCCGAACGGGUGCUGCAGGAUCGCCUGCGCUGCAUCAUGAACUCACUCCUCGAGCUGCAGAAGGCGUCCAAAGACAAGUGCCAAGUGCUAGAGCAAGCCGUGCCCACCCCUCCGGACCUGCUCAUGCUCCCAGACGAGCUCACCGACCCCUCCCUGGACUCGGUGCAGCCCAUGGCCGUCUGGAGGACGGAGAUUCACUUUGUGGACCUGAUCGCAGUCCAGAGGAAGCUCGAGUGUGGGGAAUACACGGCAGUGAAGGAGUUUUGUGAAGACAUCCUGCAGGCUGCGAUCGCGAGCAGGGUGUCAGUGCAAAUGGUGCGAGAACUCUUAGCAAAGCUUUUGGAAGAGGCGUUUCCGGGGCUGCGUCCGUCCCCGCUUCCCCCGACGCCUCCCCACGAGCCGAGCGACAUGCCGUGCGGCCUGCUGCCAGAUGCCGUGCUGCCUCCUCACGCGGACCACGUCUAUGCCCAGUACCUGCCCAAAGAGGACUCGCCUCCCGUUGACCAGCCGGGAGUUCUGAGGGGAUGCGAGCAAGGUUCCCUGGCUGACAGCCGGCGCUGCGUACUCUGUGGCCAGCCGGGUGAUGACACUUGCACGAAGUCCGGACGCCUGAUCUACGCCGGGCAGGACGACUGGGUGCACGUCAACUGCGCCCUCUGGUCUGCCGAAGUGUUUGAGCACGUGGACGGUUCCUUGCAUCGUGUUCACUCGGCCAUCUGGAGGGGACGCUGCUUGCGGUGCGAGCUAUGUGGCAACGUGGGUGCCACGGUGGGCUGCUGCGUCAGGGGCUGCCCGGCCAACUUCCACUUUGGCUGCGCCCGGGCCGCACAGGCGGUGUUCCAGGCAGACCGGAGGGUCUUCUGCUCUCUGCAUCAGGGAAACAUCAACAGAGAGGUGGUAGAGGGAGACAAGUUUGCUGUGUGCCACGCAGUCUACAUCAGCCAGCAGGAUGUGAACAGUAAGUGGCAGAAGGCCUGGCAGGAGAAGAUAGCCAAGGGGAUCAGCGUCAUCACAGGAUCAAUGACGAUUGAAAACCUGGGACAUCUCACCGAAGCAUCUGACUUGGAGAAUGUCCUUGUUCCCAUCAACUACAGGUGCCGCCGGCUGUUCUGGAGCACGCAGAACCCCCGGCAGCGAGUGGUGUACACGUGUCGGACGUAUGAGGUGCGGCCACCCCGGCCACCGCCCCAGGAGGACGACUGGGGCGUCAACGUGACGACGGCACACGCGGACGAGCCCUACGCCCCGCCACCCUACUCUCCCCCGAGGGAGGGUCCCCCGUGUGAUAUCGCCUCGGCGAGCUGUGAUAGUAGCAGGGUGGGUGCGGUGUCCUCGAGCGACGCCUUCGGCACAGACGCCCCCUCGCAGUCAAGUCCCGACCUGGACGACCUGGAUGCCAAGAUCCUGGACGAGCUGGCCAAGUGCGUGCAAGGCAACGACAGCCACCUGGACUUCGCAGAGCUGCUCGAGAACAUCUCGCGAUCGUGCGACCCGGCGAAGGGCUGUGGUGGCUCUGGCGCCGACGGUGCGGGUGGCGGCGGGGACUACGGGGUGCCCCCGGUCCCCGACCGGCUAUCGUCGGUGGCGCAGCCCCUGCAGACGCGGCAGAACGGCGCGGCGGACUCUGCGAAAGCCGUCGACGCCUCUUCCCUCUCUGAGGAGCAGAGGCGGGACUGUGCCAAAGUGUCAGCCGAAGCUCGUGUGGGAGCGACGGCACCCCCACCACCGGCGUCGCGGGGUGCAAACUACAGUGCGGUUGGUGUGAACCAGAGCCCAAAGUGUACGAAACCUGUAAAGCAGCCGCAGAGUAGCUGUGGCUGCACGUGUGAAGGGAGGGCGGCGGGAAGGACGGUGGGGAAAGUGGCAACGGCAGCGACGCCGAGCCGCGCCCGGUCUCGGCCGACAGCGUCCCCCAAGACAAUACUUCCCAAAGUGGCCGGUGCACAGAGUUGCCAGAGGGUGAGGGCUUGUCAAAUGCAGCAGCCGCAGCAGCAACAAGUGGUGCAGGCAGCUCCCCCCUGCAUGGGACUGCCACCCGUGGCGCAGCCCGCCCCAUUGGACCUGAGCCGGCUGGUGAGCUACUCUCCCUACGCCUACAACAUCCCCGUGAUCAACCAAUACCCGUCGACCAUCAACAUGACCAGCGUGAGCUGCGACAAAUUCGAGGUGUACGAGGUGCCCGGUGGAACCAUCAUCAUACCUCGACAUCAUUACCGCCUCGAAAACUGCGUCUCCACCUUGAGCGUGGCGGGGGCGCAGGUGGCCUACCUGGGGUCGCUACCCCUGGUGGCAGCGCCCUUCAUGCAGCCCGCCACCACCCCCCUGGCCUUCAUCGGGGGCCUGGGAGGCCAGGCCCCCGUGAUGCCACUGGCCCUCCAGCCCCCGGCGGGAGUGUGCGGCCAGGUGCCUCUGGUGGCCGGCUCUGGCCUGGUGGCCAACCCCAGCAUGGUGGGGCCUGGCAUCGCCACCGGCAGCCUAAUGGCAAGCAUGACCAGCUCCACUGUGGUGAACGGCGUCCCCAGCAACACUGGCCCGGCUCCUCCGCAUCCAGCGCUGUCGACGCAGCGGACGACGUCGUGUUGCGUCGCGGACCAGCGCAAGAAGACUGUGGUGGCCCAGAAGCAGUGCACCAAAUCGGUGGUGGUGCGCAACAGGGUCGUCCAAUCAUCGAGGGGCGGCGGCAAGUCAGUGGUCACGCAGAGCCGCUCCUCGUUCGUGUCCCAGCAGCAGUGCACCAAGUGCGUGGUCCUGCCGGAGCAUGUCCCCCACGCAGUCGCAGCCGGAGAUCCGCCCGAGGCGGGCCCCGUGCCAGCCGUGAGCUCCACCGCGGUGCUGCCCCCGGCUCCCCCGGUGCCCUCUCUUCCGCCGAGGAGCAGGACCUCUCCGGACCUCUACCCAGAGCCGGACUCCUCAACGGCGGAGGACCUGUUCGGUGGGCCCGGGCGCGUUUCACCCGACUUGCUGCCGCCCCCCCAGCCCCCAUUCAGCCCUAGCCCCCAGGCGAGCCCCCGCGGGGACUCUGGGUCCCUGGGGGCCGAGUCCAUCUUCGCCUUGCUCCAGAAGGCGGCGCAGCGCAUCCUGCAAGAUGGCUGGCCUGCCGACGCGGAUGCAGACCCCGUGCCCCCGCCUCCGCCGCCCGCACCGGAGGCCAAGGAGCCCGUCCACAGCACGGUCAACUUGCCGCUGCCACGGGACUCUCGGGACAGGUUGGCCCCCUUCGACCGGCCCUACGUUGUCUACGAGAUCAGCAGCGAGGACGGGUUUCUUCACUCCUCACACGACGUCCACGAGGCGUGGCGUUACGUGUUUGAAAAGCUCCAGGAUGCCCGUGCAGCUGCCAACCUCCAACCCCUAACAGCAGAUGAUGUGGAUGGCUUUUCCAUGAUGGGCCUCACUCACAAGACGGUGGUGUAUCUCACGGAGCAACUCAGGGGUGCAGACAACUGUGUCAACUACUGCUUCAAGUUUCACAAGAGGAACUCUGUUAAGCUGGCAGAGAACCCUUCGGGCUGCGCGAGGCUGGAGCAGUUUGAGAGCCGCGGGGACCAUGACAUGUUCAAGUUUCUGGCGUCUGCCCACCGCUGCCCACCCCGCUACGACCCCAGCGAGAGCGGGGAGGAAGUGGAGGUGCUGCACAAGUCUUCGAGACGCCUGACCAGCCUCGACCUGCCCAUGGCCAUGCGCUUUCGGCACCUGAAGAACACCGCCAAGGAGGCCGUCGGCGUUUACAGGUCCAGCAUUCACGGGCGGGGUCUCUACUGCAAGCGGAACAUCGACGGAGGGGAGAUGAUCAUAGAGUACGCCGGGGAGGUCAUCCGGGCCGCUCUUACGGACAAGAGGGAGAAGUACUACGAGAGCAAGGGAAUCGGUUGUUACAUGUUCCGUAUUGAUGACCAUGAGGUUGUUGAUGCCACAAUGCAUGGCAAUGCGGCUAGGUUCAUCAACCACUCUUGCGAGCCCAAUUGUUAUUCAAAGGUGAUUACAGUGGACAACAAGAAACACAUUGUGAUAUUUGCAUUGAGGAGCAUCCUCAAGGGAGAAGAGUUGACGUAUGACUAUAAGUUCCCCAUCGAAGAGGUCAAGAUUCCCUGCUCGUGUGGCUCCCGACGCUGUAGGAAGUUUUUAAACUGAGAGUUGAACUAGAGCACAUCGAGCUUACUUCAGGCCGAGAGAAAACUGUACAUAGAUUUUUAUCUCUGCAUGUGUGUAGCUUCACCGUCUGUUUCCCAUCCCACCCUCUUGUUUUAGAUAUUUUAAUUACUUCUCUUUUCUUAGCUGCAGAUGACUGCUAGUGGCUUGCAAAAAAGGAAAGGGCACCUGUAUUUUGUUUCGUUUUUUUUUUUGGCGAGCAAAUGAGCUUUUGUGGUACCUUGUAAAAACGAGCUUUUGGAGAGAGAAACCUUCGAACAAGGCGUUUACGCUGAAAUAUUUUUCUGCUCGAGAAGGAUGGCAUGGGCGUGACAAAGCUGUUUUAAAGAGAGAGAGAAAGAGAUGUUACACGAUACCUGAAAGUGCCUUGAGUGGUUUUUACGGGUGCCAACUGUGAUCCCCGGAGUCAACUUGUAAAUAGCAUAGAAUUUUAACUGUAAUUACCAUCAAGGAGUAUAUCAUUUGUAAUUGAUUUGAAAGGCAGAAACAAACAAGAAUAUGCACAAUUAUAAAUAUGUCAUUUUAUAAGUUGUUGUGUUCUCUCUGAUGUGUGUUACAAGCACUAUUUUCGAGUCAUUAAAUUUUUAGACUUGCUCCUGUGACCUAGGAGUGAUCACACACGAACAAUUGUGGGCUUCGUUUUUGGUUUUUGCGCUAUUGUCUGGUACACUGUGCUGCUAUUGAAGACGCUGUAAUUACUGCAAGAAUGCUCUUGUUUCCCUGAGAGUUGUGAUGCCUUUGUUUUGCGCUUGUGGCGUUCAGAACACUGGGACGUUCUAGUAUGGAUUAGACACUAUAAAACUGUAAAUACCAAAAAACUCAUAAAGAUGUUUGUUUUCUGA